AUGUCCCGACGAUUACUGCCAAAACCCUCUACCAACCCGGGCGAUGAGAGGAGGUCACUAAAGCCUCUGGAGAGGCGGGUGAAGAGGAGCUGCGUGGCGAGCGCUUGCAUGCCGUGCCGGAAGCGGAGGUCCAAGGUUAGUUUCCGGGAACUACGCAUGGCGGGAAUGGGUUCCACCACGGUAUGAUGACAAGGGCUUACAUGGGUAGCAAAUUAACAGUGCGAUGGAAAGGUACCCUGUGCGUCAUGUGUUUCUAAUGACCAGUCCCAGUGCGUGUAUGAUAAACAAAGUGACGGCCGUCGAGCUGGCACUUUAAAACGACAUAUCAAUGAGCUAUCUGAGGACAACAACACCUUCAACUGCAUCUUGGGAACGAUAAGGAGUGCUCCGGAUGAAUACGUCCAGCCCAUCAUCACCCGACUAAGGUCGAACGAGGACUACACCGACAUUGCGAAUUUCAUACGAGAUCACCCCUUCGAGUCACCAGAACCUACAACACCAACUACCUCGACACAACGGGGAUCCUCCGUAACCGUAUCGGGGGAAAUAGCGAUCUCAGAGACCUCGAAUGACUACACGGAGUAUCCUGAGGGGAGCCAAUUUCUCGAAAAUGUCUUCCGCGGGACGAAGGGAGGCACCGCCGGGGAGAAUUACUUGCGGAACGUACGAUCAUGGACGAGUGUGACGGAUGACACUGAAUUCGUUGGACACCUCCUCUCUCUCUACUUUACAUGGGAGCACACUUACUACGCUUUGUUCUCGGAAAAGAUAUUUCUCGAGGACCUCGUUUGUGGCAGGAAAGGCUUUUGCAGCGGGCUCCUUGUGAACGCUGUUCUCUCACUGGCAUGCACCUUUUCCGAAAGAACAGAGGCCCGGGCCAAACCGAGCGACUGGGGGACCCGGGGGGACCACUUCUUCGCCGAAGCACUGCGGCUGCUCGACGAGGAGAACAUGACGGAAAACAUCAGCGUUACGGUUAUCCAAGCCCUAGCGGUGAUGGGGAUUCGUGAGGGGGGAUAUUCGCGGGAUGUGAAGGGAUUGAUGUACUGUAGUCUGGCGUUCCGUCUGGCUUCAGAAAGGGGUUUCGGCGAAGGGAUGAACGGGGAUCCCAGCAACCCCGAGGUGGAAGUUAGGAGGAUGACUUAUUGGGGGUCAUAUUGCCUAGACCUGUGGGGAAGCCUUAUCCAUCCCGGUAUUGCCCUUGUGCUGUGAUUCAAUGCUAAGAAUUUGUGGUAUAGGGCGUGGUCGUUUGUUUUAGCACGACUGCCUCAGCUCGAAGGUGAACGGCCGCCUCUGCCAAUGCCCCGGGAGGGAGAUUUCGGCGGCAAGGUGGGGGGAGGAAGUUCGAACAGUGAAAUCCAUGCAUGGCUCCCCGGACCCACACUGUUUGACCAGAAUUUUAGCCAAUUCAUUAUCUUGUCCGGGAUUGUCAAGGAUAUUACCUUGGCGUUUUACGCCCCUAGACAGGUCUUCACUGUGAGGAAGCUCUAUGAGCUAUAUGAUCGUUUGGAAACUUGGAAGGUUGGGCAGCCCCUUGAGCUGCAAUUCGCCCCCAGGAACCGAGUGCCACACUCCCUCUGGCUUCAGUAAGCAAUGCUUCCAAUCCAUCCCUCCCAAAGUCUAUUUCUAAAGCAGCCCACAACUAGCAUGUACCACCGGGCCGUGGUAAUCACUCUCUUCCGGCCAUUCCUGGAGGUGAGGAGUGACAAUCUGGCGCUCUCUCCCAAGGCAGUCUGCCUUGAGACAGCAAGGGAGCUCCUGGCCAUAUCUGAGCAAUUUCGGACCAUUCAUAGUUGGCAAAGAUUCCCGAAUACGGUCCCCCACUUUGUCUUCAUGGCUUGCCAAACUCUCCUGCUCGACGCACAGAACGAGGCGGACAGGUUGGUUCGAGGCGUCGAGACCUUGCUAGAGAUGAGAAAUUGCUGGCCUAUCGCCGGGCUCAUGCUACUAAUGAUCUCCAUAUUUGCCGAGAAAUGGGAGGUCGAUCUUCCCGCGGAGGUACGAGGGCACCUGGACAAACUAUCUAAAGAUCAAUUGAGGGUCGCUAUGGCCUUUAGCGGUUGGCCACCUGUCCGACUGGAGGAGGAAGCAACUUGGGUUUCUUUCCGGCAUUUGUCACUUUCCGAGGGCUAG